GGAGCGCGGGGCCGUGGGGCCUCGCGAGGCCUGCUUGGCCCCGUUACCCCCGUAAGAUGGCCUCACCCUUUCGGGAGAAGCCCUCUCCGCCCCGGGCGGGGUCCGCCCGCUACGAGGAGACGGCGACGGCCCGCGUGGAGACCUCGUCCCACCGCGUGGAGACGUCCUCGCGUCAGGUGCGGACAUCCUCCCGGCAGGUGGAGACCACCCAGCGCCGCAGCGAGGGGCCCUCCGUCUCCCCCUCCGGGAAACGGCUCCCUCGCGUCCUCGAGGUGUCCUCCCAGCGCGUGGAAACCGCCUCGCAGCGCACGGAGACGGCCUCGCGCCGCGUCAGGGCCUCGUCCCUGCGGGUGGAGACGUCUCUGCACCGCGUGGAGAGUCCGCCACGACGGCAGCAGCCGGCCGGCCCCCAGAAUGUCCAAAAAGCCCGAUGAAAUGCUUCCUCCCUCGGGGCCACGGGAGGGCCGUGGCCCUCGGCCAGGGAAGAAUUGCCUCCAGUUCGCAGCCAGCCUGCUGCCAGGUGGACCGAUCAUCUGUGGUUUCCUGGAAACGGUCCACAAAUCAAUUUAAGAAAGAGCCAAGCUGCGGUUUCGGAACGCAGCCAGCAUUCAUUGACCCUGCUGCACCUUGGACCAUCCUGCCUUUGACCCAGUGAACUAUUUUAACGGGAAGCCAGCACAAAAAGUUUUCCGGCUCUAGACAUUGUAUAUAUUGAGUUGAUGGAUAAAGAGCCUAUUUGAACCUCUUAAGGCAGAACAGUUGAUCUUCAUGGUACAGAUGGAAAAACUGAAGUCCACAGAAGCCAAAAGUAAUCCGGCCAAGAGCAGAGGUGCUAGCAGGCACUGUUGACUGCCUCCCAGCGUGGU